AUACACACAUAUCAACAAAUUGAAGGCAUACAUACCUAACGUGUAAAUAACCUUGGCAAACGAGGUAAUAGGAAAAUGAAUAAUAAUAAAUAUCAUUAUCAUAAAUUUAUGAGCUCGUUAGUUGGUGAGCAAGAGUGGAACUGAAAAUCGACAAAAUUAUACGCCGCAAAUCGAUCCACGACGUGAUGCUAAGUUUGGGAAAUUAAUGAAGAGAAUCAUAUUGAUGAUUACUAUUAAUGAUAAAAUAACAAUUAAUAUAAUGGAUCUGUAUCGAUAAUUCUUAGUCGAAUAGAAUAGAUGAAGUGAUCAGUGUUAUUUUUCCAUUCUAUCUGUUCAUAUCUGUCAUUUUUGUUUUCUGGAUCAAACACUGAAUAUUCUUCUCAAAAGGAUAUAAAUUCUCAUCUUAUACACUUUUGAUUUAAUGUUAUCAGUACACUAUGAAUGGAUUAAAGAAUAUUAUGUUAAAAAAGUAGAUUGUAUUAAAGAAGUAUGUUGGACUGAAUCCAAAUCUCAAUCGAACCAACCAUGUUUUUAUUAUUGAAGAGAUAAAUAUCUAUUAUUUUUGUGAUUAUGUCCAGUCAACGUUCUCAACUGCUUAUCUCAAGUCAAUCAUUAACCACAAUGGAUACAAAUACAAAUGUGACUAACUCACCACUGGCUUCAGUUAAUCCUACAGCAGUACCUUGUGGUCAAUGUCUUAUAACAAGUACACAAAAUAUUUUAAGUGGACAACAAAAUCAAUCAAGUGGACAUAGACCACAAUUAAGUCAUAAUAUAGCAGGUAUGCAAAAAUCAAUGCAUACAGUUGUACACGCAGCUGGUGUACCGGCUGUUAUGGAAACUUAUGUACAUGGUAAUCGUGGACUGAUCGCUCACUAUCCAUUAGGAACAAAUACAUUACAUGAAAUACAAACACUUCCACGAGUUGUCGAACAAGUUAAUGCUACUACUGGUUCUGGUACUGUUCAACAAUCCCAAUUUGGAGCUAAUUAUCGUCCUAUAUUGAUUGCAAAUACAUCGAUAAAAGGUCAUAAUGCACCUGGAAGUAAUAGUUUACCAAAUAAUCAAACAUAUCAAAUGAUUGCUUAUCCUCGUCAAGCUUUAAAUAUAGUACAAGCACAUGGGAAAAAUUCACAUGCCGUACCAAUUGGUACCAUUAAUACUACAACUGGUGCUACAAACAGUGGCAAUGCUCAUAAUAAUUUGAUGUUAGCUAGUGUAAUUACACCGGAAUGCUUAACAACUGAUUCUAGCAAUAAUGCAGCUCGUAUUGCACAACUUCUAGCUCCUUCUGGAACACAUCCUACUGUGGCUAACGCAGCACAUAUUGGUGGUAAUGCUCAAUUUCUUGUCUAUUAUCCACAACAAUCAACUACUGGCAUUAAAGUUCAUGCAAUCGGAUCACCACUGACACUUCCAACGACGGCUACUCCAACAACAACCAUUGUUCAUUCAACACAAGUACCUUCAACAAUUAAUGUUGCCAUUGGUUCAGUUACAAGCGGUAUUUCCACUAGUGGAAUUCAUUAUACAUCUGUUUCUGGUAAUCAUGUAACAUUAAAUUCAUCAAAGCUAAAUUCAUCAACAGUUGUACAAAAUGAAGAUUCGACUAAUAUCACUGCUACUACUACUAAUAUUAGCAGCAGUACUAACCAACCACAACAACCGUAUACAAUUUAUUAUGCUUUACCAACAAAUGAUUUACUACGUCAACUUAAAUUAAAUCAUCAAGCUAUUCAAAUCGAUCCGAAUAUAUCAUCAAGACCACAAAUUAUUCAAACACCAGCUGGUUUAAUGUUUGUUCAAUAUCCUUCACAAUAUCAACAAUGUUCAACAGGUAGCUCAUCACCAAGUAAACUCAAUACUGGAUCACAACAACAACAGCAACAUCAACAAAUACAAAAUGAUAAUACAUUACCACGUAAUAUAAUGACAUCAACUAAGCAUAAUAUACAACAAAUAGGUGUAGUUAAUACUGGAGUACCUGUUAAUGCUUCAAUUGCUGGUACUCAUGUUGAUUCAAAUACAUUAACACGUCAUACACGUGUUGAACAUGUACAAGGUUCCGGAUUAAUUUGCACUUGUCCACCUGAAGUUCAUCAAGCUAUAUUUGAACAACAAAAGAAACGUCAACAAAAUCAACCAUCAACAAUAAUACUGACUGGUUUAUCACCGUUGAAUAAAAUCAGUACAAUUGCAACAACCACUGGCACUAUUACUUCAACAAUCGCUAAUAACAAUAAUAGCAAUGUUAAUAGUACAAUAUUUGAAGUUUCAGAAAUGGUACCAGGUAUUGUGACACGUAACUCGCCGAAUGUAACACUUGCCAAAGAAAAUGGUUUAUUAACAAGAAGUUGUACGGACAAAUUCUCUGAAGAUGAAUUAAACAAUCAAAAAAAGAAUCUUCAACAUUGUCAUCUGACUAAUUGUACAUCAGGUACACCAAAUACAACAACAGAUACAUUGAGAAAAACUAUACAAUCACAAACUGUUGAUCAUAAUAGCACAAUUAAUCAUCAUUUGUCAGAUGAAUUAACUGAAAAAGAAGCUCAUGUGAAUUAUCUAGUUACUUUAUUUCAAGCAUUAAAAAGUUCUGGUGUACAAGCGGAUGCUUUUAGAGAAGCAUUUGAACGUAUUGAUUUACCAGUAACUAAUUCAAAAUUAUCUCCGAAUUCAAUAAAUCUAAGUGAUAAAAAACUAAGCUUAUUAAAGACAAAACUUUAUCAAGUUGAAGAAAUGCGCAAAUCAAUAAAAUUGUUGUAUCAAAUAUUCAAUGAAUUCAAUCGUAAAUUUACAUUGGAUAUGAAUAAUUGUAAUAAAAUUGUUACAAAGUUAUCCAAUCAACAAACAUCAGUCUAUCAUACUAUUCUUGAUCCACAAUUAGAAAUUAUUCAAAAUGAACGAAGAAAUUUAGAUAGAUCAUUACAGGAAAUGUAUAAAAUUAAUACUAUUUUAAGUGAACAAUUACAUGAUCUUGAAUGUGUCAUUGAACAAACUGGUAAUGAUGUAUUACAACAUCGUUGUCGUAUUAAUUUACCAUAUGUACAAACAUUAGAGAAUAGAUUGGAUUCAAUUAAUUCAACUGUUAGUUUGGCAUGUGGUCAUUACCCAGGAAUUCAACAAAUAUUGAAUAGUCGUGAAGAAAUGGAAGUAAAAGCUAUUGAAAUUCAAAAAAGUGUCCUUGAUGACCAGUUAUAUCAAUUGAAGGAUGUCAACGAAAAAUGUAAACGUAUUAAAGGCACAAUAUUAACUUUAAAACGGCUUGCAAUUGUAAAUAUACAAAAUCGACAACGCUCGAAUUCCCCCAGACGUUUUACUCAUCUUGGUGGUUUUGUCAAUCGAGCGGCUGCUGAUCGAGGAAGUAUUGAACGCAGUCGGUUAUAUGCUGCUGUACAAAAUAUUCAACCAGAUUCAGAGAAACGACUACAAGCAAUCAGAAAGCAAGAAAUGCUGGCUAUUCAAAAAAGACGAGUUUUCUCAAAUGAUAAUCUUCCCACGAAUAUGAUGGUAUUUACAGCGCUUGAAGGACAAAAAUCUUCACAAAAUAAAAAUAUUAUACCACCAGUUUUAGAAUCAGAUAAAAGUUCAAUACCACAAAAAGAAUUUAAAACAUCAUCAAUGAUAACUACAUCCACUGUUACAAUCGAUAAUAAAGAUGAAAAACGUGCACCAUUAGCUGCUUACUCAGAUGAUUCAAUUAGUUCUACAAAUACUACAAGUACAAUAGAUUCAUCAAAUAAUGAAUUGAUUAAAAUACAUCAAUCAUCUAAAGGUUUUAAUCCGGAUACAAUUACUUCAAUGAUGGAUGAAAGUAGUGAUAGUACAUUAGAAAAUGUUCAAUCAACAAUAAUGCCAACAAGUAUUCUUAAAAGUUCUACUUCUAAUCCAUUGCCUAAUUCAAAUUCUCCAAAACAGCGUAAUCGUUUAAGUAGUCGCGGAUCACGUGGUGUUAUGUUUAAUACAACAGUUACUGUAGAUGAUGGUUCUGAAGUGGUCCGUUUAAAUUGUACAUUAGAUGAUUCUGAAUUGAGUAAAAAUAAAGUACCACCAACUGAUCGAUCGAAUUCAUCACCAUUAAGUAGACUUGGUGGAAUGUCAGAAAGAUUUUCUCGUUCAAAAUCACCACAUGUUAGUAAAAUUGCUACACCUAAGUCGGGACUAUCAACAGCCACUGUAAAAGGUUCUACAACAUCAAGUAAUAAUUCAUCGGAACCAAUGUUUACUUCACAAGUUAAAGGUAAUCCUAUUAAAUCUCUUAAUUUUCUAAAUUAAAUUACAGGAGAAACAAAGUCAGACACAAGUUUGAGCAGUUUGGAUUUCCCACAAACAAGUGAAUUUGGUUAUAAUGCACCUACACCACCACCCAGACGAAGCAGUCAGGUUACAACUACAACAGCAAAUACAGAUGAAGACAGUACAUUGAAAUCUACAACUUAUUCCAGUAUACAAGAAAGCGAUAAGAUUGAAACAGUCGUAAGUUUUACUUAUGGAAUUUAGGUAGGUUUAAUUAAAAUAUUCUGAAUUUGACGGGCUAGGUCUGGAAGUAUAUAUGUAUAUAUGUAAUUCCUCAGAAAUAAGGAGGGAGGAAAAUACGAUAAGUCAUUAAUUGCGUAAUGUUCAGUCUUUGAUAGGCUUAAGUCCAACCUUGAUGUACUUUAUAUGUUUGGAGGGAAUAGUUAACAAAUCCACGUGUACGAGUGAAUCUAAAAGUGAACCAGUAACUUAAUAAACAAUAUGAGAUUCACUUAUAUUUAACAAUAGAAGCGUUGAACAUCAAUAACCAAUUGCACCAACGUCACAUUAAGACAAAAUCUGAUAAUUAAAAUUUACAUUUGAUAAAGUCUUUAAGUAUACUUUGUUGACUUACUUACUUACUCCUGUAACUCCUCGUGGAGGAGCGUAGGCCACCCACCAGCACUCUCCAUCCAGCCCUGUCCUGGGAAAUCCUUUCCGGCUCUUUCCAGGUGUUAUUCAUUCUUUUCAUAUCUGCUUCUAUUUCCCGACGUAAUGUGUUCUUUGGGCUUCCUUUUUUCCGCUCCCCUUCAGGAUUCCAAAUUAGGGCUUUCCUCGUAAUGCAGUUUGAUGAUUUGCGUAAUGUAUGUCCUAUUCAUUUCCAUCGCCAACCAGAAAAAAUGUUUUGUUUACAAUUUGUUUUUUCGAUCGUAUGAUUAUUAUCAACAUUAGUCAAUAUUUGAUUCAAAUACCAAGAAUGUAGUUCAUAUGAUUGCCUUUGGACCUUUAAAAUUUACACAACAGAGCACUUUCUUCUAUGUAGUCUAUAACGCUCAACACUUGUUCGGCUAACUAUAAAAUCUAAAAGAGGUUUUAAGUGAUUGAAAGACUCAAUUAUAGUUUUUUCAUAUCUUCCACCUUCAUAGAAUACAUUUCUUUCAGAUUUAAAAAAAUACUUCAAAGUACAAGAAAGAUUGAUUACCAUAGACAGAUGAGCAUACUUCAUCAAUACAACAGUUAUAGAUGAAUAUAUCUUCAUUUCUCGAUAGAUCCAAUAAUUGGAAUUUAUGUUCUUUAGAAUGUAGCCAACAACUAAACGACUACUUCUUUGAAGCUAUGAAUAACUACCGAACUAAAUCAUACGACUCAUCUCAUUGAAGUAAUUUUUGAUUAAGUCAUAAGCUUAAACCCUACAUAGUAAUCCGACUUUUUCGAUCGAUUCAAUUUUCGUAUAUUGUAAUUUUAUUCAAAAUUUAUUUGUUUGAUGAACAAAUUACCUUUUUAUUGAGAUCAUGAACCGGUUGGUAUUAGACCACCAUUGAAAACCUGUAAGCACUGGACGGUCGUUUCGUCCUAUUGUGAGACUCCUCAGCGGUACGCAUCCACGAUCCCACUCACGGGAUUCGAACCUAGGGCUUUCGGCCUCGCGCAUGAACGCAUAACCUUUAGACCAUUGAGCAGGCAUCCAACGGUGUUGAUGUCUAACCUUAAUCAAUUCACAAAAUUGCGCGACCAUAAUCUCAAUCAAAAACCUAAUAAUCUUCACAACCCCAUACUAAUAAUGACCAUGCGCUCACUAGUGACUAGCUUCGUGAGGGAAUUCUCGGAACUCUAGUGAGAUGCCGUGACCAGUGGACUUAAUCCAUGUCAAGUAGAGACAGGUAUCUACCUCAGACAGUUGAAGAUUGUCACGCAAUUUCAUGGAUUGAUUGAAGUUAGACAUGAACACGGCUGGAUGCCGGUUCAAUUUUUAGGAGGUUAAGCAUUCACGUGUGGAACCAAAGGCCUUAGGUUCGAAUCCCGCGAACGGGGUCGUGGAUACGCACUACUGACAGAGUUCAACAAUAGCACAAAAUGGUCGUUCAGUGCUUCCAGGUUUACAACCAAUCCAUGAUCUCAAUCCAAAACGUAAUAAUCUCCACAAUCCCAUACUGAUAAAUCUUUUUAAAAUUAUUUCUUAGUGUUCAUAUUUCUCGUUAAAUUAUCAAUAUGGAAUUAAAAUUCUUUCAAACUAAUUUUCUUUUUUUCGUUAUAGUCUUCAAUUUCCAAUAAACGACUACUUCCACUUCCUACAAAUGUUGAAGUUAAUGAAAAUGUAAUAAGUCCAUGUGAAUGACAGAUAUUCUUACAUAAUCAUAGUUUAUUGUUCUUUCUUUUCUUUUUUUUUUUUAAAUCAAUGAUUAUCUUCGUGAUCGAAUCAAGUAAUCAAUCCAUCUUAAAUGAUAAAUACGGAGCUUUUUGUGUUUCAAGCCAACUAUUGAUAAAUCAAUGCUCAAUAAUUAUUUCAUUACACAUUAUGUACAACUAACAUUUGAAAAGAAAAGUUUCUAUCUUGUUUCCUUCUUUUUAGUGAUUGUUCAGUACAGUUUUUUUGGUGUCUUUUUUUUUUAAUUUUUAUUCAUUCUCAUCAUUUUAUUUCCCGAUUCCUCUCUGUCUGUCUGUUUCUCUCUUUGAACUUAACUUUUUACUUGUACUCCUACCUCGCAAAGUGAAUACUGUGCAAAAUGAACAGGAACACACACAAAAAAAAGACGAAACACCAUCAAGACUGAUGUGAAAUAGGAGUUGUGAUAUAAGUAUAUUAUUAAAGUAUCAGUAUAACUGUUUAAUUUCAAAUGAACUAUACUUCAUAAUAUGAUCUUUAAAGUAUUCUUACUACAGACUACAUAUUAUUCAUUAUGAAAUAAAGAUCUCAAUAUAAGUUAUACUAGUCUCGGUUUAUUGUUUCUUAUGUUUUCUCAUUGUGUUUGCUUCUCUAUCUGUUUAUUUGUUUUUGUUUUUAUCAUGAAUCAAUUCAGAUGUUCCUUUUUUGGUUGUUUGUUUGUUUGUCUAAUUCAUUUCUAUUACAAUUUUUAUACAUUUACUGCUGAUUUCUUAUUAACAUUUUCUUUAAAAAAAUCGCCCCACCCCCCUUGUUUCUUAUUAUGAGGAUAAUGAUUAACUAAUAAUCUUAUGUAAUCAUAUGUUUGGAUUAAUUUUCUAAAUGUAUAACCGAAUAUGUAUCUAUGGCGUGGAUGGAAUUGAUUAAAUAACAAACUGUUCCAUCAUUUUUUCUCUCCAUUACUUUAAAUGAGUAUUGUAAGAUUUCAGUAAGUAUUUUUGUCCAAUUUCUUCUGUUUGUUUGAUGUAUUUGGUUUGUUUGUUUGUUUUUCUUUUGAUUAUUCUAGUGUAUUUAUUUCGUGUACAUGUCAAUAAUCAUGAUGAUAGGAUAAAAUUAAGAUUUUGGAAAC